AUGUCUUUGAGACUAUUUACACGUAAUGCUUUGAGAUUCGCUCAGGUUGCUAGUCAUGCUCCUGCUACCAGACCAAGCGCCGCUUUGCUGAGCCGUGCAGCGGUUGUCCGCCCCCUACAUGUUUCGGCGAUGGUCUGUAACAAGCAGAGCCAGCGCGUCGCUGAUGUUCUCGGCAGUGAAGUUGCCCUAGAGACUGAAGAGGCUUCUCAAGAGGUUCCCGAGACCGUUCAGACGUUUCUUGAAAAGACCGGGUUCAAGACGAAGCUGACGGCCGGUAAGAACCUUGCUGAAAUCACGCGCGCCACCAGCGACGGCGAGACUGUUCACGUGUUCUUCGACGUGGCGCAAGUGGCCAAUCUGCCAUACGAGGCGACUGCGCUGGAAUCCGAGAUGCCAGCUGCCGAGGAAGAAGAGGACUACGAUGGUAUGUCCGACAACUUUGCCAACGUCAAUGUUGUUGUCGUCAAGGACGCAGAAAACAGCGCUGUGUCUUUCGAACUGUUGAUGAACCUUCAAGAGGGUACCUUCUACGUUGACAGCGUCACGCCAUACUCCGAUGCGGCCGCCGCGCUCAACGAGUCUGCCGAAGCCGAAGUUGCUCGUGAGCUCGUGUACCACGGUCCACCAUUUUCCAACCUAGACGAAGAACUUCAAGAAUCUCUCGAAGUUUACUUGGAGAGCAGGGGCAUCACCGACGAGCUCGCUUCUUUCAUCGGAACAUACUCUGAAUUCAAGGAGAACACCGAGUACAUUCAAUGGCUGAAGAACAUGAAAUCGUUCUUCCACUGA